CCCAAACUUUGAAUACCAACAUAGUAUAAACAUUCCAGAGUCCCCUGUGUUUUGGAGUGCUUCCUGGAACUGGCAUUUGUGAUGGGCAUGAAAACACUUUGAUUUCGAUCAGUAUAGUCUGAGAUUUGACAGGAAUCAUGAUUCUGUCGCGUGCCAAGCCAGCCUUGGGGUCUAAUGCAGCAGUGCAGCCCAGCGCAGCAGCAAACAAAAAAUCACUGCCAAAAUUGGAAGACUUUCUGUCAGCUCGGGACUUCACUGGCGCAAUAACAUUACUUGAGUUUGAGCGUAAUAGUGGUAAUGCCAAUGAGCUGACAGAUCAAUGGAUUGGCUAUUGUGCUUUUCAUCUGGGCGACUACAAACGGGCAUUGUUAGAAUUUCAGAACUUAACAGUUAACAAUAAAAGUGGAAAUGUAAAGCCAGAAAACUGGAUAAGUCUGGCAUGUUGCUACUUUUAUCUGGGAAUGUAUCCUGAAGCUGAGGAAGCAGCAGAAAAGGCUCCAAAGACAGCUCUACGUACAAGGUUGUUUUUCCAUCUUGCCCAUAAGUUUAAUGAUGAGAAACGGUUGAUGAUGCACCAUCAGCAGCUGGAGGAUGUCAUUGAAGAUCAAUUAAGUCUGGCAUCCAUACACUAUCUCCGGUCACACUAUCAGGAAGCCAUUGAUAUAUACAAGCGAAUACUUCUGGACAGCAGAGAAUAUUUGGCAUUAAAUGUAUAUGUGGCACUUUGCUACUACAAACUAGACUACUAUGACGUCUCUCAAGAAGUAUUAGCAGUAUACCUCCAGCACUACCCGGACUCCCCCAUUGCUAUCAACCUCAAGGCUUGUAAUCACUUUAGACUGUACAAUGGAAAAGCUGCUGAACAGGAGUUAAGAGCAUUACAGGAUGUAACAUCAUCACCACUUACAUUUGCUCAAGAUCUUGUACGACAUAAUCUAGUUGUGUUCAGAGGAGGAGAAGGGGCAUUGCAGGUUCUUCCCCCAUUAGUGGAUGUGAUUCCUGAAGCCAGACUCAACCUUGUCAUCUACUAUCUAAAACAAGAUGAGGUGCAAGAAGCUUACAAUCUCUUGAAGGACCUUGAGCCAACUGUACCCCAAGAGUAUAUUCUUAAAGGAGUUGUAAAUUCAGCCAUUGGUCAAGAAACAGGCUCUAGAGAAAAUUUAAAGAUAGCCCAACAGUAUUUCCAGCUGGUGGGAGGAAGUGCCUCUGAGUGUGACACCAUACCUGGACGACAGUGUAUGGCAUCUUGUUUCUUCUUGCUUAAACAGUUUGACGAUGUACUCCUCUAUUUGAAUUCAAUCAAGUCGUACUUCUACAAUGACGAUACUUUCAACUUCAAUUAUGCCCAGGCCAAGGCUGCAGUGGGAGACUUCAAAGAGGCAGAGGAAGUUUUUCUCCUCAUUCAAAGUGAAAAAAUAAAAAAUGACUAUGUGUACCUCUCUUGGUUAGCUAGAUGCUAUAUCAUGAACAGCAAGCCUCGAAUAGCUUGGGAACUGUACUUAAAGAUGGAGACAUCAGCUGAAGCCUUCAGUCUACUUCAGCUUAUUGCAAAUGAUUGCUACAAGAUGGGCCAGUUUUACUAUGCAGCCAGAGCCUUUGAUGUCCUGGAAAGACUGGAUCCUAACCCAGAAUAUUGGGAGGGCAAACGUGGUGCUUGUGUAGGCAUGUUUCAGAUGAUCAUAGCUGGAAAGGAGCCAAAGGACUCCCUUGGUGACAUCUUGCAAUUGCUCAGGAAUACAGCCAACCCGCAAGUGGAGGGCAUAAUUCGUGUGAUCAAGAAAUGGGCAAAAGACAAUCACAUUCCAGUUUAGUUUUGCAUUUAGUAAUUUUCUAUUAACUGGUAAUGUUUGCCUUAGGUUCUGUCAGUAUAUGAAGAAGAGUUAGUGUAUUUUAGGCAAAGAAUAUUUUGUUCUCUUAUUAAAAGAUAUAUAUAUAUAUAUUUGCUGGAGUUACUACCUUUUCUUACAUUGUAACACUGAUACAUUAGCUUUUACACACUAUAUCUUUGAACUGGAUCUUUGAUUUUUAUUACUAUUAUUAAAUAUUUGGGGGGGGGAUGGGGUAGGGGGUAAGAAUGCUUAGUAUUUACCAUACAUUAAUCAUUAUAAUAUGUAUUUUUCUGUUAGUGUAAAUGUAUAAAAUUCUCCCAGUUAUUGAAGUCUUGAUUAUAUACACAUCCAUUUCACUUUUUUCAGUAAAGGUUGUUAUGAAAAAUUAAACCAUGUUCACUAAAACACAUAAUUUCUAGCUGUUAGUGAUAAUCUAGUCAAUACUUGCUGAAGCCAUAUGCCUUUUCUUUAUUUAUUUUAAAUGUUUUCACUUAUGUGUCACUGACUGAAAAAGGUUAAGAAAAUUGGAAAUUUUUUCAGUGAAAUAUCUAUUGAAUUUUCUUUCCUAAAAACAGUGACUUAAAUGUUAGGAAGUAUUCACUGACAUUGUAAAUUUAAUUGAUUUAAUCCAUCCACUGUAAAAUAUGUAAGCACAACUGUGAUAUGUAAAAGUAUAUAUUAAAUGGAUUAUCCUC